CGCUGUGUGUCCACGUCACAAGUGACAGCAGCCCUCCGCACUGUGGAGCUCAUAAUGGCUACAGUUGAGGUGGCACUUUUUGGACUCUGCGCCGUUCGGCUAGCUUUGAAACAAACUGAAACACUUUAAAAACAGCGUUUAAAUUAUCCGCACAAUACGCAUAUCUAAAUGUAAAAGCUGUCACGCAGUGGAGCGACUAUUGGACGUGGUUAAAAUGUCGCUGAAGUAACUAUCCGUCUGGACAAAUUCUUCCGAGCAGACGCUCAGCUGUUACUAGUCGCCGCUGAAUGAGCUUUUGUCGACCUCAGGAGUGGCUCGGUUCUGGAAGGUUUCUGGUGGAUUUAAGUAUCGGCUGCACCUCUGUGGAUUUAAGGUUCCAAGUUGAGACCAAUGAGUAAAAAACUGUGGCUCGGCUCCACUCGAAGCUAAGCUAAUAGGUCCACCUCGCCCUCUACGACCCCGCUUUGUUUUUGUUUGUUUGUUUGGUUGGUUGUUCAUUCUAAUCCACCCCAAAAUGUCAUCGUGGCUGGGCGGCCUGGGCUCCGGCCUCGGUCAGUCUCUGGGACAGGUCGGCGGGAGUUUAUCCUCUUUUACUGGGCAGAUAUCAAACUUCACCAAAGACAUGUUAUUAGAAGGAGUAGAAGAAGUCGGAGAUGCUUCCACUGCGCUGCAGGUGUCCAAUUCCAGGUUGGCUGAAGUGGAGACUGCAUUUACCACACAGAAAUCUGAGUAUGAGAGAUUGAAAAAGCUUCACACAGAGCUGGAGGAGAAGCUGGAGGCUUCAGAGCUUCAGAAUAAACAGCAGUCGUCGGAAUACAGAAAUCUUCUUCAACAGAAAGACGUGGAGAUCAGCCACCUGAAGGCUCGACACAAUGGCCUCCAGGAAGAAGUCCAGAACCUGCAGCAGUCGGCUCAGUCCGCUGCUGUUGGCCCAGCGGUGCUGCCCGUCGUCACCACUUCCUCUGGCACUACCUCGUCUUCCUCUUACCUGUCACGCCCUGCAGGGUCCCACCAGGGUUUCCAUGGUGAUGAAAUGGAUUUUAGUGAUGUCAUCUGGUCCCAGCAAGAGAUCAACCGGCUGUCGACGGAGGUCAGGCGUCUGGAGGCAGAUGUCGCUCAUUGGAGGAGAAUGUCCCAGGCAUCAACAGCAGCCACAGCUGGAAAUGGUGACCAUGGAGAAAUCCUCAGACUUCAGAGGACUAUUAAGGAGCUGCGAGAGGAGAUGAGUCGAGAGGUGGACGAGCACCAACACGAGCUGGCAGCAUUGCAGGAUGCCCAGCGGCAGAAAAUGGCUGACUUCACUCGACGACACAGAGAGGAGCUGGCAGAAUAUGAGGAGCGGAUAGAGGAGCUGGAGGACCAGAUGCAUGCUGGCGGUCAAACCAGUCCCUCAGCAGAUGUCUCCAGACAGACUGAUCUCCAUAAAACCAUCCAGUCCCUGCAGGAGGCAGCAGAGCAGCGGGAGAAGCAGCUGGAGGAGCUUUCCUCCAGCCUGGAGGAGGCGCAGAUGAAACAGUGUGCCCUACAGGUGGAGAAGGAUGAAGCGCAGGAAGAAAACGCCGGGCUGCUGCAGAACUACACGCGAUUACAGGCGUCUGUGGAUGAACUCCAGACACGAGUACAAGAGCAGGAGGGGAAGGCUCUGCAGAAAGCUCAGCUGGAGCAUGACAUUCAAGUGUUGAAGCAAAACCUCAAAGAUGCAGAGAAGGAAAUAGAGAGGCUUAAAAACCUGACAGAUGUUGAACCAAAGGAAGACGUCGAACAUGCAGAUAUUUUAGAGCUGAACACCAUCAUUGAUGGUUUGAGACAAGAAAAGGAAAUUCUCCAACAGGAAAAGCUGAAUCUCGAAGAAAGACUUAAAGAAACAUUGCAACAAAUGGUGACCGGUGUUGGAGCUGAAUCUGAAGUAACAGAGUCUCUGGAUGAUCUGAAGGUUGAAUUACAACGAAGAGAAAAGGCUCUGAGGGCUACAGAGGAAGAACGAGAUACUUUAAUGUCUGAGCUAGAAGAACUGGACCGUCAGAGCCAGGAGGCAACACAGCACGUGAUCUCAGUGAAGGAGCAGCUCUCAGCACAGCUGAAGGAGGCAGAAGCUGAGCUCACAAAACUGAAAGCAGAACUUGACAUGACCAAGGACCAGAAAAGGUCACUGGAGCAGGAGGUGGAGAACCAAAAAGAGAAGACAAGCCAGAGUGCUUUUGCCAUUAAUGAACUGCAUAUGAGCAAACAGCAGCAGGAGCGAACCCUGCACGAGCUUGAAGAAAAGCUGGGACGUGUGCAAGAGCAGAGCAGGGAGGCACGUAAAGAAGUGGGCGAACUGAAGAAAACUUUGGAGGAAAAGGAGGAGCUGUUAUGUGCUGCUCAGGCUAAGCUGGACCAGGUAGGAGAUGGGACAUUUGAGGACGAGGGAUCUAAAGAAGAGCUAAAGGAGAAGGAGAAGGAGUUACAAAACUUGCGAAGAGAGGUUGAAGAGCUGAAGAGCUCCCAGGAGAAUAUUGUGUCCACAGACUAUGAGUUAAAGAUGGAGAAUAGGAGGUUUAAAAUGGAGAAGGAGGAAGCUCAGGGUAAAGUGCAGGAAUUCAAAAAGCAGAUGAAGGAAAGUCAGACGUCUAUGAACCGGACAGUGAGAGAAAAGGAUACUCGAAUUGAAGCCUUGAAGCUGGAGAAAGUUCAGCUGGAUGCUGAUUUGAGGCAGGCUGAGAAAUCAUUGUCUGAACAGGCGAAACAGUACAAGCAGACAAUUGAGGAGUUGACCCGGGCUCGCUCCAUGGAUGCCUCGGCUCUUCAGACAGAACACGAACGCACCAUCAAGCUCAACCAGGAGAAGGACAUGGAGAUUGCACGUCUGAAAAGAGACUUGGAGCAACUGGCGUCUGAUCACAGGGACACAAACGAGAUGCUCUCCAUCACAGUCGCGGGGCAGAAGCAGCUGACAGAUCUGCUGCAAGAGAAGGACGUGUUUGUGGACACUUUGAAACAGAAUGCUGCAGAUCUUCAAGCUGAGAUGGAGAAGAGCAUUAUGGCAACGACGAAAGAAGCAGAAGCUCUACGACUAUCACUAGAAGAGAAGGACAAACAGCUCGGUGGGAUGAAGGAGGACAACAGCCAUUUGAAGGAAGAGAUUGAUCGUCUCAGAGAUCAGCAGAGCAGACCUCAAUCUCUGGCUGAGCCCAGGACGUUGGACAUCAUCACAGAGCUGGAGGCAGAGAUCACACAACUCAAGACCUCCAGGAAACACUUGGAAGAAGAGGCCAAUACCCAAAGGAGAACCGUUGAAGAGCAGCAAGCUUCUCUGCUGCUGUCGCAGCAGUCCCACCAGGCUCAACAGACAGAACUAGAGGAGGCCCACGCUCGUCUUCAGCAGACCACUCUCAACUACGACAGGCUCAUAGUUGCCAGAGAUGAAGAAAUAGCUCGUUUGCAGCAAACUUUGGAUAAUGUAAGUCUUAGUCAAGGUCGUGCAGACUCUCCUUCUGUGCAGGGAGAUGUUAUCCUGCAGGAGGAGAAGACUCAGACUCUAAAUCAGGAGAAUGGAAAUGAAAAGCAUGAUUUAUCAAAGGUAGAAAUAGAAAAACUGGUUAGAGGAAUGAAGGAGAAGGAGACAGAGAUCAGCCAGCUGAACGAGAAGAACCUGUCCUUGACCAGACAGCUGGAUCAGCUGGUGCUGUCACGAGAUGAAGUGGGUAAACUUUCUCAGGUGAUCCUGCAGAAGGACCUGGAGAUCCAGGCACUUCAUGCAAGAGUCUCCAUGGUGGGAGUUGGUGGACACAGCCAGGACGUCAUGUUUCUUCAACAGCAGCUUCAGGCUUACGCUGUGGAGAGGGAACAAGUGCUUGCUGUGCUUAACGAGAAGACCAGAGAGAACAGCCAACUCCGCUCAGACUAUCAUCGCCUCAUGGACAUAAUGGCUGGUAAGGAAGCAGCUCUGCUGAAGCUUCAGCAGGAGAACCAGCGCCUCGCCAACAUGAGCGAUCCCUCAGGAAACCAGGAGAUGUUCAAGGAAACCAUCCAGAACCUGUCCCGCAUCAUUCGGGAGAAGGACAUAGAGAUUGAUGCACUGACUCAGAAGUGCCAAACCCUGGUGACUGUCCUGCAGACCUCAGGAGGAGAUUUGGGUGGAGGCUCUGGAGGAGUCAGCAGCAACCAGUUUGAGGAGCUGCUGCAGGAAAGAGAUGUGUUGAAGCAGCAGGUAAAGAAGAUGGAGGAGUGGAAGCAGCAAGUGAUCACCACAGUCAAGAACCUUCAGCACGAGUCGGCGCAGCUGCAGGAGGAGUUGAUCAAACUGCAGGGACAGGUCACCACCGACAGCGACUGUAGCUCCAAACUGUCAGUUGAUUAUGCUCGGCUGAUUCAGAGCUACGAGCAGAGAGAGAGGAGGCUGGGCAGUCUGAGCCAGGAACUUGCCCAGGUCCAGCAGACCAUCACGCAGCUCAGCUCCACCAAGGAUGUCCUGCUGGGUAAAUUGGACAGUGUAACACCGCCACCUGAAGGCGAAGUUGUUCAAUCUAGUGAACAACCUCUGACAGCUGAACCUGCACAGUUAAGUCUUUCAGCGACAGUGUCUUCUAAUGAAAAUGUACAGCAACAACUUCUACAGUUGCAAGGGCAGUUAGCUGAGAAGGAAACCACGAUCAGGACUCUUCAGGAGAACAACCACAGACUCUCCGAUUCAGCCUCUGCCUCGGAGUAUGAACAGAGGAACCAGGCCGAGGAGGUCCGGCACAUGAGGGAGAGACUCGACGCUCAGCAAAGAGCAGUGAGGGAAAAAGAUCUGCUUAUCAAAACAAAAGGUGACCAGCUGCUUCAGGUCAGCGAGACGCUUCGCAACCGCGAGAAUGACAACGAGGUCCUGAAACAGGCUGUCACCAACCUGAAGGAGCGCGCUCUCAUCCUGGAGCUGGACAUGAAGAAACUGAAGGAGGAGAAUGAGCUUGUUGUUGCACGCUCCCGAGAAAAGGAGUCUGAGUUCAGAGCGCUGCAGGAAACCAACAUGCAGGUUUCCAUGCUGCUCAGGGAGAAGGAGUUUGAACUGAGUGCAACAAGUGAAAAGGCUGCAACUGUGGAGAAGAUGCUGAAGGACAAAGAGCAGGGUAAAUCUGGAGAACUGAAUCAGAUCCUGAAUGAACUCAAGUCCAUGCAGGAUAAAGCUGUGGCAUUCCAGCAGGAAAGGGAUCAGGUGAUGAUGGCACUCAAGCAGAAACAGAUGGAGACCACUGCAGUACAAAAUGAACUUCAGCACAUGCGCGACAAAGAACAGCGUCUCAACUUGGAGCUAGAACGGUUGCGAAAUCACCUCCUUGACAUCGAAGACUCGUACACAAGAGAGGCUCUAACUGCAGAAGACAGGGAGACGGAACUGCGAAGGAGAGUGGCUGUUCUGGACGAGAAACUGGCUACUUCAUCAAAUGCAGUAGAGAACGCCAGUCAACAGGCCAGUAUGCAGGUGGAGUCUCUGCAGGAGCAGCUGACUGUCGUGGUGAAACAAAGGGAUGAACUUCUUAUACAGCUCAGAACCUCCCAGGAGCAGGUCAACCAGUAUGCAGUGUCACUGUCCAACCUGCAGAUGGUGCUAGAGCAAUUCCAACAAGAGGAAAAAGCCAUGUACUCUGCUGAACUGGAGAAACACAAGAGGGAGAAAGUGGAGUUGAAGAAAAAAGCUGACAGGCUGGAAGACCAAGCAGCUGCUCUACAGUUGAACUUGGACGAGGCCAACGCUGCUCUAGAUUCAGCUUCUCGUCUUACAGAUCAACUCGAUCUGAAGGAGGAGCAAAUAGAAGAGCUGAAAAAACAAGUGGGUGUGAGACAGGAGAUGUUGGAGGAGGCACAGAGGAAAGUGAUGAACCUUCUGAACAGCACUGAGGGGAAGAUCGACAAGGUCCUGAUGCGAAACCUGUACUUGGGAUACUUCCACACUCCUAAACCCAAACGUGGAGAUGUGCUGAGGCUCAUGGGAAGUGUGCUGGGUCUGAGCCGAGAAGACAUUGAUAAGAUGUUGGAGGCAGACGAACACCAUGGUCUGACUGGAUGGGUGUCAAACUGGCUGGGAAGCAGAGGAGCACAGAGUGUCCCCAACACUCCACAGAGGCCCAGCAGUGGACACAUGCUCAACUCUUCCUUCUCUGAGAUGUUUGUAAAAUUCCUGGAGAUGGAGUCUACUCCCUCUCUACCUGCACCAAAGCUUCCAUUCCAUGACAUUAAACCUCUAAGUGCCUCUCCUCCCAGAAGAAUCAGCAGUGCUGCUACAAACACAGGAGCUUCUGCUUCCACUAAACGAUCCACUGAAUCCAAUCCCUUCCUGGCCCCCCGUUCUGCAGCGGUGCCUCUGCUCGCUGGUUCCGGCCCUGGAGGCUCAGGAGGUCAUUUGCUGAUGAAGCCCAUCUCUGACGCCUUGCCCUCUUUCACCCCUGUGCCGGUCUCUGCUGAGGCCAGUACUGGAGCCUUUCUCAAAGACUUGUUGAAGCAGUGAUCAGUGGACGACAAUUAGUUUCCUUUAAAAAAAACAAAGCAAAAAAAACAUUUUUUUAUUCCACACUGACUGAUUCCGACCUAACUGCUGCUGCUCUUUCUUUCCCUGCUAAAAGAAAUGAUCAGAUCAUGGUGAUCAUGAUAGGUGAGAAUAUUUACAGCAAAUGUCAAACUUUUUCAAUCAUUUCUGGUAGCAGUUAUGGUUCUAUGCAACACAGUCUCCUUUACCAGUGAGUAUCUUCCCAUUUCUCCACACUCUGCGUACAAACUCUGAAAAUAUGCGUCUCUCCGAGUAUCACCAGUUUGACAAAACGUACAGCAGUGCAGGCAUACACUGUUCAGUUUAUGAACAGGAGAAUACAUUCUUAAUAAGAGUUUCAAUCAGCCGUUGACCCACUGUUCCAUGAAGUAACACUACAACUAAUUCUCUACUUCACUUCUGAAACCACACACAGAGUGAGCAACAAUCUUGAACAGCAGUAUUUGACGUAAGUGACUCACCUAAUUUGAACUGAAUUCUCCCAUGUGUCACCAGGGGGAGCCCAAGUACCAUCAGUGCUAUGCGCACCGUAGUUUGAAAACCACUGUUCUACACUAUUGCAGAUAUUAAAGCAGGUCUUUGAAUAAUUUUAAAUCAUUCUGUAUGAUUACCUUGAGUUUUUGGCUCUUUUUAUAUUUUUUAUUUGAUGCUCCAGUCCAAAGUGACCUUGAAAACUCUCACUGUACAGUUCAGUGCAUGUGAGUGGAGUCAGAUCUUCACCUCUGUGUACAGGACGAUACUUAUCGGCCUCCGUCACAGUAGUCAUUAUUUAACCUGCCUGGUUUUUUUCCACGGUCGACAGGAUUUUUAACAUUUUCUUUUCCAGCUUUGCCACAAAGUGUUCCUGAUCUGGGACGCUUCCUAAAAACCUCUGUGUGUGUGUAUUUCUGUGGUGGACUCCAUCUGUUAAACCCAUCCAGGACUGGUUCCUUCUCCAGACAGUCAGACUGUGAGCUGCAACAGGAGCUGUAAUUGUGGUGUUGACUGCAGACUGUGGUUGGUCAGAGCUGUUCUUUAUGUUAGUUCUGUUAUACAGUUACAUUUGUGUAAAUGGGUUGCUGUUUAUGUUUUUUCCCCCCUCUCUAUUUAAAGGCACAACAGAGAAUUCUAAAAGUGCCUGUGUUUUUCAGCUGAAUGGUUAAUUUGUGAAAACCAGGAUUGUAAAUGAUUGAUAUAUAAAUAUAUAUAUAAAUAUAAGUAUGUAAAUGUGUUUACCAAAUGUAAAAAAAAAUGCACAUUAAAACCUUUACCUGAGCAGAGCUGGCCAGCUUAGAGUUGGGCCGCUCGGCAUUUUUGUACAGACAUCAGUCGUACGCUGAAAAAGAAAAAGGAAUGUUACAGGUUUUCUGUUUCUAGAUUGAUGACAUGUACAAACUGUAAAUCCUCACUUGUAGAAAACAGGUUUUUUAAAUCAUUGACAAAUCGGAGUCUGUGGAGGUGUCAAAAGUAAAAAGUUGACUAAGUUGACAUGAACUUAAUUGAUGUGACUUGAUUGGACUUUUGCGAAUCAAAUAAAUGUCCUGCUGACCCCCCCACA